UUAACCUUCAUGAUUGGAGCGGACAGUCCGCCAUCGGGGGAGAUGACCAAUUAUUCAUGGUCAUCAACCUCGGGUGCGGUCCGAUCAGCGAGUGUCCGGUGAGGAGAGGAACCCAUUGCUUGUCUCAAAACGGUAGAAACAUACGAUGGGCCUCGUUGCUUGAGUUUUUCCCCACAAGCCCGGCCCUCUGAAUCAGUGUUGCCUUCCACUUUAUUAUUCCUCGUCCCCAGAAUUCUCGGCUUGUCACUCGUGCCUGUCCGAAACUCAAUCCUGCUGGUGCCUCUCAAAUCACCGUAUAUUUAUUAUCCGCAGACUUUUCCCGAAUCUUCCUUUUAUUCUCCCCCAUCCCCCCUCAUCAUCUCCUCCUUCUCUGCCUCCACUCUUCUCCUCCGUCUCUCUUCUCCUCCUCUUCUCCUCUUCUGCUCACCUUCUUCCUCCCACUCCUCCAUUUCCUUCCCUUACCUUCCUCCUCUCAAUCACGGCCUGCACCUUGUCACCUCGCCACCAUGGAGGCCGUUCAUGACAGUCCCCCUCCCUACGCCACCGAAGGCAUUGACGAGAAGAAGGAGGAUAUCAGCCAGGUGGAGCAGAAUCUCAAGCCGGGCCUGGAGGAGUCCGACGCGUUCGGUAACGAGGAGUUUGCGGAAAUCAAGUACAAGACCUUGAAGUGGUGGCAAUGUGGACUGCUCAUGAUUUGCGAGUCUGUCUCGCUGGGUGUGCUCUCGCUCCCCGCCGCCGUUGCAACCCUGGGUUUCGUCCCGGCCGUCAUCCUCAUCGUUGGUCUCGGAAUCCUUGCGACCUACACCGGUUACAACAUUGGAUUGUUCAGAGAACGCUAUCCCCACAUUCAGAACCUGGCCGAUGCGGGAGAAAUCCUGAUGGGCCCUUUCGGCCGUGAACUCUUCGGCCUGGGCCAGUUCCUCUUCUGCAUCUUCGUCAUGGGCAGCCAUCUCCUGACCUUCCGCGUCAUGAUGAACACCAUCACCGACCAUGGCACCUGCUCCAUCGUCUUCAGUGUGGUUGGCAUGAUCAUUUCCAUGGUCCUCUCCAUUCCCCGUACCAUGAAGGGCAUGACCUGGAUUUCCUUUGCCUCCUUCCUCAGUAUUUUCAGCGCGGUCAUGAUCACCAUGAUCGGUGUGGGUGUCGAGAAGCACCCCGGUCGCAUCAUCGAGGCCACCGUCGACACCACUCUCUACACGGCCUUCACCGCGGUCUCCAACAUUGUCUUCGCCUACUGUGCGCACGUCGCCUUCUUCGGUCUUAUCGCCGAGAUGGAGAAGCCCAAGGACUUCAAGAAGUCGCUGUUCAUGCUGCAGGCGUUUGAAAUCAGUCUCUACGUGACUGCUGCCUGCGUCAUCUACUACUACGUCGGCAAGGAUGUGCAAUCCCCCGCCCUCAGCUCGGCUGGUCCUCUUCUGAAGAAGGUUGCCUAUGGAAUUGCCAUUCCCACCAUUGUCGGUGCCGGUGUCGUGAAUGGUCACAUCGGCUUGAAGUACAUCUACUUCCGCACUUGCUCCAAGUCGGGUCUCAUCCACAGCCGCAGCCGCCGCUCGGUUGCCGUCUGGAUUGCCUUGGGCUUGGCCUGCUGGCUGGUUGCCUGGAUUAUCGCCGAGGCCAUCCCUGUCUUCAGCGACCUCAACUCGCUUAUUAGCGCUCUCUUCGCUAGUUGGUUCAGUUACGGUCUCAGUGGCAUCUACUGGCUCCACCUCAACUACGGCCAGUGGUUUGCCAGCCCCCGCAAGAUCGCCCUGACCGUGCUCAAUGCCGCUAUCGCUGUGUUCGGUUUGGUGCUGUGCGUCCUGGGUCUCUAUGCCUCGGGAACGGCCAUCCACAACGAUGCCAACAGCAACAGUUUCACCUGUGCCAACACGGAUAGCUGAAUAUGCAUUUAUAUUCUUCACAUCAUUCAAUGGCGUUUUAUGAGCGAAUUCUUUUGUCGCGUGUCUGGGACCGCGGCAGAUGACGGCGUGACGGUUUUUAUUUUUGCAUAACGGACUAGCUAAUGAUCUAUUCAUGAUUUUAUAAUAUGCUACCAUAUAAAUCUAUAUAUAUACAUUUAUUUCUUUAUUUCUUUUUAUACCUCCAGG